AUGUCUUCACUUCAAAGCAACCAAUUUGCUAACGUCACAGUCGAUUACUACCUUCCUGUGUGGGCAGCAUCAAUGUCCAUAGGAAAUUCCGUAUUAUAUAUUUGCUGUUUCAUCAUCUAUUUACUAUUUUUGGCAGUUUUCAUCUUUCGAGUGUCCAGGAGGAAUCAAGCACAACCACAACAACAACAAUUGAAGAAGAAUCACAAAAUUCUCUUUUCCCUUGUGGUCAUUCAAAUAUUGAUCCAAUGUCUCAAUUUAAGUGUUCGAAUCAUUGGUGACAGUAUGGCCAUUCGUAUGAGACAAAUCGCAGAGAGCGGACAGUUGGUGGAGUGGAAUUUUUUCCUUGCGACGAAUAUUUUGACGGGCUUGGCGACAUUCUUUAUGUUUACAAACUUUAUUACAUUGUUUGUCAUUUUGUUUUUUGUCCAAAAGAUGUUUUGGAAAACUGCACUGCUGACACGAGCUAUCUCUAAAACUGCUCAUAGACGAAUUGAAAUAUUAAUGAAUGUCGUCACCGUCCUAUUUUGUAUUGUUGUUGAGCUUAUUGUUAGCUUGGCCACAACGUUUUACAUUUUGAGAAAGCUUGAAAUGAUUUCUAAAACUACAGCCAUUGGAGUGUACGUUGGAUGCAUCGUCAUUGUUCUUGGCAUGCUAUUAUUCGACACGGUGAUGGCUGUGACAUCUGGCGUUUUGGUUAUCAAAACCAUAAAGCAAACCACUAGAGAAGUUUCAAAAUCAGCUCAACUUUCAAGGGUCUCCAGUUUUUCAUCCGACUUUAAAACCUUUGAAAAACGAGUCCAAUCUCCUUUUAAGAUUACUUUUGGAUUACUUCUAGGUCUAAUUAUUUGUGUCUUUUUGGAAAUGGUGGCCGUUGCACUCUCUCAAAGUAUCAAUGAUUUUGAAAAUUUCAAAUCCUUAUGGCAUUUUGUGAAUUGUCUUGGAGUACUCCUCUUUGCCGUUCUUGUUUUGUGUUUAUUUUAUCCCAUGUUUGCGGGCACAGAUCGAGCUAUUAUGGAAAUUGAAAAACGACAAAAACAUUUCAUGAACGCCCUGAAUGAAGCCAAUACGAAUCAGCUCCUUUCAAAUGUGACACUAAACACAUCGGCUUCUGGUACAUGUCAUUCGGGUGGUUCCUCAGUCUCAGGGGUUGUUCUUGUUGCAAGUUCACCUGUGGUUUCCUCACCAAGUAGCACUACUGUUUUAAUUCCAGAAAACCGUAAUGACCAAGCUGUAGACAAGGUCCCAGAUUCCUCCGCUUGCAUCAUGAUGGAUAAAACCAAAGGUGGUAACCAAACGAUUGGUAGCGGAGAUGAGACUCUUUUGAAAAUUAGCGAAAAUGUGGAGUUACAUUUGGAUGGUAACAAGAUGAUUCCAUUGCGCCAAUUGUCACCAUUUUCGACACCUCAUGAUUCUACGACCAGUUCUUCGGAAAGUGGCGGUGACGAGAAUCAACAACAUGUUCCAUCCGAAUUGAAAAUUAUUUAA